AUGGCUUGGUGCAAGUGGGCUGAGCGCGGCAAGGUCUAUAUCGACAUGAGCACCAUCGACCCGGACACCACGCGCAGGGUCGGAGCAGCAGUACGAGCGACCGGCGCCGAGAUGCUGGAUGUUCCGGUCGGCAUGGGGCCCGCGCAGGCGGCUACCGGUCAACUUACGCUGAUGAUUGGCGGCAAUGCCAGCGUCGUCGAAGACUGCAAGGAUGUGCUGGACACGCUCGGCGGCGAGCAGUUCUAUUGCGGGCGAGUAUUAGCUCAGCGCUACCACCAAGAUUGUCAAUAA